CUCACCGGCCGAACAGAAAAAGUAUGUCCAGAAAAAUCCGCCGAGCCCGUGUUCUCGGUCGUCUUCUCGACUUUUCUUGGCAACUUGUAUCCUCUCAAGGUCUUUCUCUUGAUCCUCCCCGUUGUUUUUGGUUGCUCUCUAGCUGCUGUGACUAUUUCGAAGUAUAAUCUCGUUGUUGUACCUUUACCCGGUGGCUAUUUUUGUGGAGGGAUCUCAGUGGGUCCCAGGGUAUCACAAGGCUAUAUAGCUGCCACUAGAAAGCCCUUGACUUUCUAUAUGGGGGUGAUGUUAUCGGGAAUAUGCAAUCAUCUGUAUAAUCAGUCAUCUUAUGAGGAACUUGAUGAUAUUAGCCGGCUUACUUUUUCGGUUGGGAACACGAUGAAGAGGGUCAUUGUUGUUGUGGCGGCUGUUUUGGUGUUUAAAAAUUCAGUUAGGCUGUUAAAUGCACUCGGGUCAGCUAUUGCAAUUUUCGGGACCUUUUUGUACUUGCAGGCCACGGCUAAGAAGCCUAAGGUGGAGAGAGCUGAGCAGAAGGAUUAG